AAUCCAAAUUCCUUUCACGCUAACUAAAGAAGUAAUCAUACGCAAACUAUGAUAUAAUAUUUUGAUUGAACCAAGAUCGAUAGGCUUUCUGCAAAUUACAAAAGAACGUUGGCAGAUUAUCUGCAAAUUACAAAUGGCUCGCGUGGCUUCGAACCCAGUUGGCUUCCAUAGAUUCCGGCCAUGUUUCCAAACUCCUCCACUCCCCCGCUACGUUAAACCCUCUAUCCACUUCCCAAACCACCACCGCCGAUUUCCGACCGUUUCUUGCCAGCAAACCCCCUCCACGACGGAGAAGUCAGUUGUUGAGCCAGGCUCUGGCAGUGAUAGCUGCAGUCAAGCUACGAGUUCCUCUACGAGCUCUGGCCCUCCGGAAUUUCCAAACAAGAAUACCAACAGGCAAGUAGCGGUGGUUUCCACUCUUGCAGCUCUGGCACUUUUCUUAUCAGCAAGGCUCGAUUUUGGUGUUUCUUUGAAGGACCUCUCCGUUGCGGCAUUACCUUAUGAAGAGGCUCUUUCAAACGGGAAGCCUACUGUUGUUGAGUUCUAUGCCGAUUGGUGUGAAGUAUGCAGGGAAUUAGCUCCAGAUGUCUAUAAAGUUGAGCAGAAGUAUAAGGGUCGUGUAAAUUUUGUUAUGCUGAACGUAGACAACACAAAGUGGGAACAGGAGCUUGAUGAGUUUGGUGUUGAGGGAAUUCCACACUUUGCGUUCCUAGAUAAAGCGGGAAACGAAGAGGGUAACGUAGUAGGCAGGCUUCCAGAGAAGUACCUGCUUGAAAAUGUGGACGCUCUUGCCCGUGGAGAAGCCUCCAUACCUCACGCUCGUGUAGUGGGGCAGUUUUCAAGUGCCGAGGCCAGAAAGGUUCACCAAGUUUCUGAUGCAAGAAGUCACGGAUAGGUGCUCGCUAAUUUUGGAGUAGAACCCAUUAAUUUGUUGAAGGAAUUACGUAUAAAGGUAAUGAGUAUCCACCUUGUGGGUUAUUCGAUACAGUAACACUGCAUGUCUUUGCAUUUAAGGUGGGACUGAAUCUCGAUAGUCCUCGAUCGACCUGCAGGAUAAACAUCGCAAAAUGAUAUUGGUUAGCGGUCCUGUUCAUAUGCCUCCUGUAAGUUAUUUGACCUACUCUUGCGACUCAUAGAUCUCGAAUUUUACUUCAAUUGUAAAGUCCCGUAGAGGAAGGGAGUCCUUGUAUUGCAACUUCAUUACUUUGCUAAGAAAUAUUUCGUAAUACAUACCUUUCUUGAAUGAAUUUUUAGA